GAAACACUUAGGAUUUAUCCUCCGGUACCAUUCAUAUUGAGAAAAAAUCCUUCCGAUAUGAAAGUAGGUAAUUAUAUCUUGCCAGCAAAUUCGUCUCUUGCAGUAAACAUUUAUGGAAUUCAUCAUAAUCCAACGGUGUUUGAAAAUCCCGAAGUGUUCGAUCCGGAUCGAUUUCUACCAGAAAACUGCGAGAAACGUCAUCCCUUUGCAUUUGUGCCGUUCUCUGCCGGUCCACGCAAUUGCAUAGGUCAAAGAUUCGCCAUGAUGGAGAUGAAAACAGUUUUAGCGAAUGUUAUUCGUCAUUUUCGAGUGAAGUCUUUGGACCAUAGAGAUAAGAUUUUCGAAUCCGGUGAUGUCAUUCUUUGUCCUAAAUUCGGUAUAAGAAUGACUAUCGAAAAACGAUGAAAAACGGAGAUAUUUUGUUUCAGAAAAGAGAAAAUCCAUAAAUUGCAAACCAGUUGUUCAUAGUUCAAUGUUUCAUGUAUUCCAGGUUGUUAUCAAUAUGAUAAUCCGCGUAGGGUAAGAGUGGACAUGAUCAGCCUAAGCAGGAAGGCUCUAUGUUAAAUAAAAGGAAUGGAAUACGAUCUGUAAACGUUUACAUGUAUUUUUGAUCUCUUUUAGCUGUUUUGUUUUUUACAUUAUUAAAAGGUUUU